UGUAGUAGUAUUAUUAUUAUUACUGACCCAAGCAAUAUGUAAACUGCGCAUGGGGGUGGCCUGUUAAGAAACAUUGGACUGCAAGCCCAUAGGUGGGUUAACAUAGAAAUGCAUGGCGGUGCAAAUAAACAAGGAUCAAAUCUGACUGACACUAAAUGCUCUGCCCUAAAGCUUCACUCGUCUUUCUUCUGAUUACUAUUCCAGUGCAGCUGGCCAGCAGUGUUGGAUGAUACCGGCCUGUGCGUUGACUUCUGCACAGACUGUCGCGUUUCACGUCACUUUUUUAUUGAAUUGUACUUAUGCACGUGGCUUUUGAAGACUGACUUGAUUGUCCGACUGAUGAAAGUAAAUAUGAGCGCCGCGGUUUAUGUUAUAUCCACGGUUAGCGGAUACGUGCUCACCUCGGCGUUACUGCUCAAGUGUCCGUCUCUGCUGCAUCGGCGAAAGAAAGAAGCCUUCCGGAGCAGACACAUCUCACACCGCGGCGGAGCUGGUGAGAACUUGGAGAACACAAUGGCAGCCUUCAGGCAUGCUGUUCAACUGGGCACUGACAUGUUGGAGCUGGACUGUCAUUUAACCAAGGAUGAGCAAGUCGUGGUGUUGCACGAUUCCAACCUGAAGCGGUCGACUGGAAUUAAUGCAUACAUUUCAGAUGUGGCUUAUGCUGAUCUUCCACCUUACCUUUGUAAGCUUAGGGUGUCUUUCAAACGAGAGUGCUACUGUGAAGGAGGAGAGGACAAACGCAUCCCUCUGCUGAGAGACGUGUUUGAAGCUUUCCCAAACACCCCUGUAAACAUCGACAUCAAGGUCAACAAUGACACUCUCGUCAAGAAGGUGUCCGAGCUGGUUGUCCGAUACAACAGGGAGCAUCUGACCGUCUGGGGAAACUCCAGAAACGAAAUCGUAAAGAAAUGUUACACAGAGAACCCACAAAUCCCAGUCUUUUUCAGUUUGCCCAGAGUGCUGCUGUUACUCGGUCUUUUCUACACAGGCCUCCUGCCCUUCGUCCCGCUUAAGGAACAAUUCCUGGAGAUUCCCAUGCCUUCAAUCAUUUCCAAACUCAAAGACCCUGAGUGUCAGACACAGAGUCAGCGUUUUAUAACAUGGCUGGCAGACACGCUGCUCAUGAGAAAAGCAUUAUUCGAUCAUCUGACGAGCAGAGGAAUACAGGUGUACGUCUGGGUGUUGAACGACGAGGAGGACUUUAAACGUGCCUUUGACCUUGGGGCUACAGGGAUUAUGACAGACUACCCCUCCAAACUAAAGGAGUUUAUAGAGAAAAACAACUACACUUUUAAAUAAGACUUGUCAGCUAAAGUAAACAAUCAAUAUGCUUUUCCACUGAUCUUUGGCUUCUAAAUUGGUCUUUUAAUUACCCAACAUCCUUUGCUGUUUAUGUCUUUAAGUGUAGAGAGGCAGCUAUCAGUUCUUUAUUCAUCUGAAAUCAGCGUCAGAGCCAUUUUAAACCAAACAGGUUGACAUGAAAUACUUCUGAUGCUUUAAGUUCAUAGCAAUACAUGUUAUCCAUAAAAA